AUGUCGACUUUCAAUGGCAUCGUGUCUGAGUUUCCAGACAUACGGAUUGACUUCUUCCGUCACAAUGCAGAUGUCCAGCCCCCUCUUGCUUGCUUUUUGAGCCAUGUCCACAGCGAUCACCUCGCUGGCUUAGAGAGCCUGCGGUCUCCAUUCGUGUACUGUUCGGCUGCCACUCGAGAGAUCCUGCUUCGUCUGGAGCGCUAUCCCUGCCGGAUCAACUAUGCCAAGGGCCUCUUGGAGGCCAGGCAACAGACCUACAAGCAUCUCAGCAAUGUCUUAAAACCGCUGCCUCUAGAAACACCGACGACUAUCGAGCUCCGCCCUGGCUGCGAGAUUCAGGUGACCCUGUUUGACGCCAAUCAUUGCCCCGGAGCUGUCAUGUUUUUGAUUGAGAGCGACAACAAAGCCAUCCUUUACACAGGCGAUAUCCGGAGUGAGCCAUGGUUUGUCAACACCAUCUCCCGGAACCCCAACCUUGUCGAGUACACCUCAGGUCUCAAGACAUUGGACAAGAUCUAUCUAGAUACAUCCUUUACAGAAGAUGUGCCCUUCCAGACCAAGGCUCAAGGUAUCGCCGAGUUGUUGUGCAAGGUAUCCAAGUACCCUAGCGACACCGUCUUUCACUUCCAAGCAUGGACCUAUGGGUAUGAAGACGUUUGGGUAGCUCUGUCCAAGGCUCUCAAGUCCCAGGUACAUGUCGACGACUACAAACUCCGCAUCUAUGGAUCCCUCAAGUCGCGGCCAUCUGAAGCACGCUUCAGUUCAGACGUCCACCUUACUCCCGAAUCGCCAGCCUUGACAGGCCACAUGUGCGGAAACACCCCACACCAAGGGUGUCUGACGCCUAACGAGAAUGUUCGCCUGCACAGCUGUGAGAAGGGAGCGAUGUGUGAGGUGGCACGACGGCCGUCUACAGUCACGAUUCAACCCAUCAUCGCCCACCUUCCUACUGGGCAGCAUCUAGCCGAAGUUGGAGUCGGAGGAGGGGGCGAUGACCUCCAACGGGAGGCUGAACUGGAUUUUCUAGACCAAGCCAGCUUGGCUACUUUGGUCAACCUCGUCCUUUCGUCCGAUAUGCUACUACCGUCAGAGACUAUUCAAGCAUUGAAGGAGGUCUUGACACAGGCCGUCUCGACCGGCAGAAAUAUCCCGCUUGACUGGGACAUCACGUCGUUGGACAACCAUUCAGUACAGGAGAUUGUCCAGAUGCUUGCAGAAAGACUGGUGAACAGUUCCAAGAAAGCUGUUGCCGAAGACGCAACAGGCCAAGCCGAACUACCCAAAACAAUCCAUUUCCCGUACUCCAGACAUUCCUCGUAUGCAGAGCUUUGCCAUUUCGUCGAGACAUUUCGACCCAAGGACGUUUGGCCAUGUACCGCCAGUCCCGCAGAAUGGAUGAGAAAUGGAACUUCGAUUGUAUCUCUCUUUGGGCCUCUCUGUUCCGGAGAUAAGUUCGAUCAUGAUGUCGUCAUGCAAUCCUUUGCUGAACGAUAUGCGUUGAACAAUCCACAUCAACAGCACGACAGCCAGACCACGGCCGAUUCACCUCCAUCAAGCUCGCUGGUCGGCGAGGCGCAAGCGAUUCACCAACGCGACAGAGCUCGAGGCACACCUCAAAGCCCAACUCGUCUCUCGGGCACCACUCCCGUGAAGUUUGUGAGCACUCUCAUGGGCACCCAGGAUACCAUCUACGUGGCAACUGAGCCUGAGCAUCAGCCCCAGGCGUCGCGAGUGUCAGAGCCUUUGUCAGAAGAUACAUUUCAAGACCCUUGGUAUGGCCCUGAAUCAACACCAGUCCCAGUAGCAGACCAGUCGCAGGAUCGUGAAGCUUCCUCGUCAGCAAGCGCGCCCGAAGAUUACUUGACCGAACCGAGAACUGGCUCCCCCACGCGGAAGCGGAGUUUUGGUGAAAUUUCGGGCAGCGAUAAUGAAGAGUCUAAGCCCAGUCAGGCUGGAGAGUCAUUCAGCUCGGUCAUGUCGGAGGAACCUUCUCUGGCUCGUCAAGAGGCAUACCAACGAAUGGUGCAGAACUUGACUGCAGAUAAUUGGGACCCAGUGCCACUGAUAUCGACGAGCAACGAGUAUACGACCAUGGAUCAGGAGCUCUGA